UUGUUUUUCAUAUCUCAAGCUCCGCCAUGUUUUGAGAUUUUAAGGAGAGGUGUGUGUUGGUUGGGUUGCGGAGAGGGUAGCCACGAUUUACGCUAGGGUUUUCCCCCCCAGCAAAAUGCAUACUUCUCUUCGACUUGUAUCUAUUUACAUACAUUGUAUGGUCUUUGCAGGCUGUUAGAUCGCAGGACAUCAAAUGAUAACUGACCUCCAGCUCUUGUGGUUAGCCACCUAUUGAAGAAGAUUAGCAGGGGCUUUGCUCCCUCCUACAAAUUCUUUCGUCUCCAGCUUUCGGAAUGUUUUCCAAAAAGCCUCAUGGGGACGUCAAAAAAUCAACACAGAAAGUGUUGGAUCCAAAGAAAGAUGUGCUGACACGGCUGAAACACCUGCGGAUUGUUAUAGAAAAUGCUGAGUCCGGGGACCUGAAGAACUUCUUUGACCAGUACUACUCUCACAUCUACUAUGUAUUCUUUGAGAACUUUGUAACCAUUGAAGUCAGUCUCAAACAAAAAGGUCACAAAUCGCAAAGGGAAGAGCUUGACUCUAUUCUAUACAUAUUUGAGAAAAUCCUCCAACUACUUCCAGAGCGAAUACAAGGGCGAUGGCAGUUCCACAGCAUAGGCCUCAUUCUGAAGAAGCUGUUGCACACCGGGAACUCUUUAAAGAUCAGAAGGGAGGGAGUGCGGUUGUUCUUGCUAUGGAUGCAGGCCUUGCAGGGCAACGCGCUGCGAGAGCAACUAUGGAUGUUCGCCUGCCUGAUCCCGGGCUUCCCCUCCCCCCAGUCGGAGCUAGGCCCCCGGACGCUGGACAACCUGGUCAACCCCCCCCUCAGCCUCCAGGAGACUCAAGUGACUCCGGAAGAGAUCAGUCCCCUGGUUCCUCCUCAGUCAGGGGAUAAGGCCCAGGAAGACCUCACGGGAUACUUCCUAGAGGCUCUUCUGAAAUACAUGGUAAACCAGGCCAAAGGGCUCGAGUGGAAGUGCAAAGAGAACCACGAGAAGGGCUUCGCGUUCCUGUUCGGAAACUUUAAGAAGUAUUACCUGCCGCACAUAUUCCCCAACUUCUCCAAGGAGACCAGUUUGUAUUAUCCUAUACUGGAGGUUCCCUCGAUGAGACCCAAGCCCUUCUACUGUGUGGUGAAGAGGGACCCGGAGACCAAUGAGCCCGUGUACUGCACCAAGGAGAGCCUCCUCAACGCCCGAGUCGUCGUCAUUCGCUGGCUGGUGUCCUUCUGGCUGGAGCCUCGCUCCAACACCGGAACCCACAUCCCCGGGCUGGACGGAGAGAGGGACAGCGUGCCAAAGAACAUCCAGAGGGCCGCGGCGGGGCUGGCGGCUCGGGGUCACGUCCUGGGGGAGGACCUUGUCCCCCGAGUGGACAGCCUGGACGGGGGGACGGGCUGUGAGCAGGAGCAGUCCCAUUCCAACACGUCCACCCUGACCGAGAGGGAGCCCAGCUCCUCCAGCCUGUGCAGCAUGGACGAGGAGCACCUCACCGACAUGGAAGUGGUGAGGAGGGUCCUCUGUUCCUCGCGGACCAACGUCAACUUCAUCACGGAGAUCUUCAGACAGGCCUUCCUGUUGCCCAUGUGCGAGGCUGCAGCCAUGAGGAAGGUUGUGAGGGUCUACCAGGAGUGGAUCGCCCAGGAAGACAAGCCUGUGUUCAUGAGGGAGCCGGACGAGGAGAGGUUCUCCUCCACGGCCGGAGGGGUCAGCCCGGAGCCCGUCCCCCAGCAGGGCCCGGAGGAGGUGGAGGGGGGCAGCAAAGUAUCUGAGAAGGAGCUGUUGGAGUGUAGAGUGCAUGCAGGCAUUCAGACAACACUGCAGGUGUUUGUCACCAACUCGGCCAACGUGUUUCUACUGGAGCCGGCCAACGAGCACAAGACGCUGCUGGAGGAGCACGUGGACAUGUGCAAGAGGGUCCUGAACAUCUACCGCAGCCUGGUCAUGCACGAAACCAUGGACAAGAAGACAUGGGAGCAGAUUCUGCUGGUUCUGCUGAGAGUGACCGAGUGCGUAAUGAAGAGGCCUCCCUCCAUCAUGCCCAACGUCAAGAAGAACCUGACUCUCUCCGGGAGGCUGGCUGGGGCCAUUUUCCAGACCCUGAUAGUGGCCUGGAUCAAGGGGAACCUGAACGUGUACAUCUCCCGCGAGCUGUGGGACGACCUGCUGGCCGUGCUGUCCUCGCUCACCUGCUGGGAGGAGCUGGUCACAGAGUGGUCCCUCACUAUGGAGACACUCACCAAGGUUCUGGCCCGUAACCUGUACAGUCUGGAUCUCAACGAUCUGCCCCUAGACAAGCUGAGUGAACAGAAAAUGAAGAAACAUAAAGGCAAAGGGGGAGCCCACGAAGGCCAGAAGACAGCCGUGGACCGGUCCUUCUCUAAGGGCUGGAGCAGGGACCAGCCGGGGAGCGGCCAGGCCGCCGCCAUGAGGCAACGCAGCGCCACCACGGCCGGUUCUCCGGGCAUGGAGAAGGCCAGGAACAUCAUCCGCCAGAAGACUGUGGGCCUGCGUAGCUGCUCUACAGGGGACACUCUCCUGUCCCAGGCCUUUAUCCGCAGCGCUAAAAGUGCCCCUGUCCUGAUCCACCCUCAGCACCCUCUCCUGCCUGACUCUGUCCUCACCCCCCUAGCCGACGAGCUGGCAGAUAUGGACGAACCAACCGUGGCCCCCCGGCCCCCCAGGAUGCGCCACUGUUCCCAGAGCGAGGACACCCCGGCUUCAGAGGUGUUCUCCGCGUCCGGCGACCUCGAACCCCAGGGCCUCCCCCGGAGCAGCAGUGCGUCGGACGUCAUGGAGCCGUUCAUCGCCGAAAGGGUCAAAGGUGCACUCCCCGUCCCCAACAGUCCCCCCUCAAACCCUGCCCCCUCCACUGCCGGCCCCUCCCCGAGUUCCCCCGCGCCCCCCCACGACUCCCCCGCCGCGCCGGCCGGCUGGGCGGCCUCUCUGGAGGUGGGGGAUAGCAUCUACGACCACCUGUGGCAGAUGAUAGGCCCCCGCCCUCCUGCUCCCGACUGGACAUGUGCGGGGGGCGCCCCCAGGCUUGCCGGGUCCUCCGAGCGGGAGGAGGCGGAGGACCUGUUCAGCUCUCUCAGGGAGUACCUGAUUAACGUAAGCCAGGAGGAAGGAGGAGGGGAGGAAAGGAGCGGCGAGAUGGUAAGUUCCCAGCAGGUCAGGAGGCAGGGAAGUUUAGAACCGGAGGAGGACGGCAAAGAGGCAGAGCAGCAGCCUCCAGAGGGCAGCAUCUAUGAGUGCCUGGAGCAAAUCGACGACUGGGAGUCGACCAGCAGGGGGAGCUCUAGUCUAGCUGAGCAGGUAACUGCACAGGUCCCAGGGAGCAAGGAAGAGCCCCACUUAGUCAGGCAGGACGCCACAGAGUUCGAGUGUAACCCAGAGACCGGUGGUUCAGGCCAACCGCCCCAGCCGCCACCCCUCUCCCUGCACCAAGCCCUCAAGCCCAGGCUGGCCAGGGCGAGGCCCCGAAAGCACCAGGGCGGAGCAGGAGUCCACGUCAGCUUCCAGCCCUCCACGGAGUCCGUCCAGUUCCACAGCCGCCUGGACGCCAAGGAGGCCCACUGGAGGACGCGGCUGCGCCGCCUCAGCCACUUCAGCGGCCACUCCGUGGGGGUGACGGGAACGGGGGGGUCAAAGAUCAAAGAGAGGCCGGGAGGGGAGGGGGCAUGCGGAAACAACGGGGAGCAACCAGACCGGGAGACGGGCGGAGCGGGCGUUCACCCGUCGGGGCCGGGGCGCGUCCGCCUGGGUCGCUCUUCCGUCCGGCCCUGCGGUACCCGCUCCCGAUCGCAGGACGCGGAGUCGGGGAUCAGUCCCUCUAGGCAGCAGCAGGUGGCGCUUUUGGGUGGUGUGUAUAAAUCUGUGGUCCAUGCUCUCUCCAAGCCCAAGGCCCACGCCUCCGCCUCCGCGGGCCCCCAGCAGCACGGCAAAGCCCCCGGUGGGGCCCCUGAGGCGCCCCUGAGGGACCUGUACACUCAUGUAAAGGGCUAUUUUGGAAGAAAAGCACCAGCCAAUAAAGAGGAACCUUGUCAGAAGACACGCCCUGUGUCCAGUGACGUCGGCAACAGUAACCAGAACUUCGGAGAUUUGAUGGAUGAAUUCAUCCAAGAGCGUCUGCGAGUCAGAGCCACCUCUGGUAUGACCCGGCGUGGCAGCAGCCCCGGUAGUCUGGAGGUCCCCAAGGACCUGCCAGAGCUCCUGAACCGUCAGAAUGUCACGCGUCCCGUGGACGACCCCGGCGUGCCCUCCGAGUGGACCUCCCCCGCCAGUGGCAGCAGCAGUGAUAUCAUCAGCUCUGACAGCCAAUCGGACUCCUUCAAUGCCUUCCAGUACCCCAACUGUAAGUUUGAAAAUUUCAGCUUCGGUCCGGAAGGCGCCGGGUCGUUGGACCAGGACAACACCAGCUUGGGAGGAGUGCCCCAGACCGCAGAGGAACCGGAGCUGAUCAGCCUCACCGCCCUCCACAUCGACUCGGAGACCAGCAGUCUGAGUCAGCAUGGCCUGUCCGCGGACACUGUCACCAUCACAGGUUCAGAGAGCGCGUCCCCGAUGCAUUCCCUGGCCGGUUCCCGCUCCCAGACACCGUCUCCAGCCACGCUUACGGCCGAACACGUGGAGCUACAUCACAAGGACCUGCAGCUGGACGAGAAGCUCCACCACUCUGUUCUACAGACUCCAGAUGACCUGGAAACCAGCGAGUUCCCCACCGAGGACUGCAGUGUGAUGGCCGGCGGGAAUCUGACUGGUUGGCACGCUGACGUCGCCACAGUGAUGUGGCGGAGGAUGCUAGGCAUUCUGGGAGACGUGAACACCAUUAAAGACCCUGAGAUCCACGCACAGGUCUUUGACUACCUCUGCGAGCUGUGGCAGAACCUGGCCAAGAUCCGAGAUAAUCUGGGCAUCUCUCUGGACAACCAGUCGUCUCCUCCUCCACCCGUCCUCAUCCCUCCACUCAGGAUUCUGACCCCCUGGCUCUUCAAAGCUACCAUGCUGACGGAGCGCUACAAGCAGGGAAAGCUGCACGCCUAUAAGCUCAUCUGUAAGAUCAUGAAGAGGAGGCAGGAUGUGUCGCCCAAUUCGGACUUCCUCACUCACUUCUACAAUAUCAUGCAUUGUGGCCUAAUGCACGUUGACCAGGACAUAGUGAACACCAUCAUAAAGCACUGUUCUCCUCGGUUCUUCUCCAUCGGCCUUCCUGGUGCCACCAUGCUCAUCCUGGACUUCAUCAUCGCUGCCAGCCGAGUCACCGCCUGUUCCUCCCUCAAUGCCCCGCGGGUGGAGGCUCAGAUCCUGCUGGGGUCCCUGGUGUGUUUCCCUAACCUGUACGAGGAGCUGCCCGCCCUGCACCCCACCACCGCCGACGUGGUCAUGACCAAGUUCAGAGACGUCAAGGAACACAUCAUCAAACCCAUCCUGAGUUCAGCCAGAGACGAGCCAUCCGCGCCAGCCAGGUCGGUGGCUCUGUGCAGUCUUGGCAUCUGGCUGUGUGAGGAGUUGGUUCACGGCACUCAACAUCCUCAGAUCAAAGACGCCCUCAACGUCAUCUGUGUCACUCUAAAGUUUCCAAAUAAAACUGUUGCUCUUGUGGCUUCGGAUAUUCUGCACUUGCUCGUUAAUUACGUUGAUGACCUUCAGAAAUUCCCCCCAGACACUCCAAAGAAAAUAGUUGAGAUCCUCAUAGCGACCAUCACCCACCUGCUCCCCACCACAGAAUCCUCCCCCCAUGAACUGGACAAGAGGCUGGUGGUGUCUCUGCUGUUGUGUCUGCUGGACUGGGUGAUGGCUCUGCCGCCAAAGACUCUCCUUCAGCCUAUCCAAACCCUCAGCCCAGACAAGGACAAGCAAGACAAGUCGGUCCUCAGCUGCAUUUACAAGGUGCUACACGGCUGCGUGUAUGGGGCCCAGCACUUCAACAGCCCCAGGUAUUUCCCCAUGAACCUGUCGGACCUGACCAGUCCAGACUACGACCCAUUCCUUCCCCUGGAGAGUCUGAAGGAACCGGAGCCGCUCCACUCGCCGGACUCCGAACGCUCCUCCAAACUCCAGCCGGUCACCGAGGUACGGAGUCGUAUCCAACACGGCCUGAUCUCGAUCGCAGCCAGGACGGUCAUCUCCCAUCUGGUAAACCACUUAGGCCACUACCCCAUGUCUGGAGGCCCUGCCACCCUGACCAGCCAGGUGUGUGAGAACAUGGACAAUCCCUACAGCGAAAGCCCUGACCUGGCGCCGGAGCUCUUCGAUGGGCCCAAUCUGCAGUUCUUCGUCCUGAACGGCACCCUCCUGUCCUGCCUGCAAAUCCGGGCAGAGGAUGGUGUGCCCGGUGGGGGAAUGUCCGCGGGCCUCACCACCACCAGCGCCUGUGUCCGGGUCAUUGUCCGGGACAUCUCCGGCAAACACUCGUGGGACUCGGCUGUGUUGUACGGGCCGCCCCAUUGUGGUGCUCCCAGUCAGGCCCUGCACCUCUUCAGCAACAGAUCCUCGAAGAGGCCCACCGCAGAGGGGGAGACGGAGAAGAACCCAGAGAGGGUUGGAGAGCCCAGAGAGAGGCCGGAGGAGGAGGAGAGGGAAGAGGGGGCUGCUCUGGAGGAAGAGGAGGAGGAGGAGGAGGAAGAAGAAGAAGAAGAAGAGGAGGAGGUGGAUGAGGAGGUGCCAGGAGAGGAUGAGCAGGGGGAUGCUUUGGAGGACGGACGUGAGGACGAAGAAAAGGACGAAGAAGAAAUCUCCUCGGAGCUGAUGGCCCCGAAGGCGAAGCGAGUGUGUCGGGAGGCGAUCCCGUCCUGGGACUCUCUGCGCGAGGACGAUGACGCUCUGGACGAGAUGCUACAGUACCUGGGCUACUCCAGCCCCGAGUGUUUGCAGCGUGCCGGAACGCCCCUCAACAUCCCCGCCCGGCCCCCAGUCUGCGUCUCUGAGAAGCAGGAGGAUGAUGUGAUCAACGCCCUUCUGAAGCAGCGCACUGAGGAGAAGCACUUUGCGGCCCACAGGGGGAACGGGCUAAACAUGAAGGCCACGAAGCAGGUGGAGCCAGGGCCCCAGAGGCCCCAGUCUGCCUUCUACUACUGCAGGCUGCUGCUUAACAUCCUGGGCAUGAACUCUUGGGAGAAGAGGACUAAUUUUCAUCUCCUGAAGAAGAACGAGAAGCUGCUUCGAGAGCUGAAGAACCUCGACUCCAGGCAGUGUCGAGAGACACACAAGAUGGCUGUGUUUUACGUGGCGGAGGGUCAGGAGGACAAGCACUCGAUCCUGUCCAACACCAGUGGCAGUCAGGCCUACGAGGACUUUGUCUCCGGGUUGGGCUGGGAGGUGAAUCUGACCAGUCACUGCGGCUUCAUGGGAGGUCUUCAGAGGAACAAGAGCACGGGUCUGACCACGCCCUACUUCGCCACAUCCACCGUAGAGGUCAUGUUCCACGUCUCGACUCGCAUGCCGCCCGACUCGGACGACUCGCUCACCAAAAAGCUGCGGCAUCUGGGGAACGACGAGGUGCACAUAGUGUGGUCGGAGCACUCCCGGGACUACAGGAGAGGCAUCAUCCCCACGGAGUUCGGAGACGUCCUCAUCAUCAUCUACCCCAUGAAGAACCACAUGUACAACAUCCAGAUCCUGAAGAAGCAAGAGGUGCCGUUUUUCGGGCCCCUGUUUGACGGCGCCAUAGUGGAUGAGAAGAUCCUUCCCAUCAUGGUGCGGGCCACCGCCCUCAAUGCCAGCAGGGCUCUCAAAUCCCUCAUCCCCCUCUACCAGAACUUCUACGAGGAGAGAGCCCGUUACCUGGAGACGAUCGUGCAGCACCACCUGGAGACGACCACGUUCGAGGACUAUGCAGCCCGGGUCUUCUGCCCCGCCCCCUGCCAACACCAUCCCUCAGACCCAGAGAGCUUGCUAUUUCUGCUCCUUCCCAAAACUCCACUAGAAAACAUUGGGCUCGGCAAGGUAAAAGGCAAAGGCUUGAAGCGGAAGGUGUUUCACGCUAGCUGUGAAUGGCUCAUGCCUCGAGAGUCAGGAGGGAGAAAGCCCAGCAGCGGUGCAGCAAGACGCGGCCGACCAGUUAGCCUCGCCCAUGUCCCCUCGUACUAGCAAGAGCCGCAUGUCCAUGAAGCUCCGACGCUCCUCCGGCUCGGCCAAUAAGACCUGAUCGAAAUUCUCCUCAGUUGAGCCCCUUCCCCCACCCGGGGCCCACAGGGGCCCACAGACUUCAGUUAAAAAGACUCCGCCUACUGUACAGCACCUACCAGCCUUUGCCCACUAAAAGCACUGCGUCCCGUUACGUUCCCCUGGCCACGUGGACGCCUCUGGCCUGCAGGGUCAGCAUCACCCCUGCUCUACCAUCCCACUGACAUGCAGGAUGAGGCCCUUGAACUGACCCAGGGGCCGGCCCAUGGGGCCUCUGGAUAGGGGCGGUGCUAGCAGGGCCCGGGCGGCUCCCCAGGGCAAAUUUAGCUAACAACGCACACCGAGACCUCAAACUGAGGAAAGAGAGCAAAAUAUACUUUGGGUGUCCAAAAAACAGCAGGUUCCGUGGUAUGCAGAAAGCAUUAAUGCAGCUAUAGAGACAUGUUUCAUUGGUAGUUGAAAUCAAAUGUUUGGCUAGGACGAGUCCAGCUUUCUUUGCUUAGCUUGUAGCUGAAGAGUGACAAAUAUUUAAUGCCCCCCCCCCCCCCACACAUUCUAAUGGACCAUGACCAUUUACACUUGCUAGAAAAGUGAUUUCAAGAAAGAACCAAAACACAAAGUAUGAAAAAGGCAUUUGUCAUAUUUGGUCACAGUCCACCACAAGACAAAUUUAUAUAUUUGUACUAUAUUCUGCAUAUACAGGAGUUUUCUCUCGUUGCUCGGACUGAAGCAAUGUCGGCCAGUGUUUGUAGACGAUGAGUUUAGAAUUUUGUUGAAAGAAAAGUUUGCUUCUCAAUCUGUGAGGUGGAAAUUGUUCAGUUAAAAUGAAGCACUUGUUACAUUUUGUUUAGUUUUUCACAGUAAACAUGCAACUCAGUGUGACUUUUGGUGUAUAAUAUUCACUACUGUUGUUCUUUUGAGGGGUCACAUUUAUUUUUUUAUUGACAUUGUAAAGCUGGUUUUCACCUGAUAAAGAAUGUUACUGAUCAUUUAGUUUUGUUUGUGUACAGUGUGCUGUUUUGAUCCACCUCUUUUUUUUUCACUCACGAUGAAUAUAUAUAUACAUAUAUAUAUAUACUGUAUAUGAGAAUACAUAUUUAAAGUGUAUAAUGCUGAGAAUAUCUGAUCUGUGUAAAUAAUUUCAGCCAAAAACCACCACAACUAAGCGUAUAUUAACCUCAAGACAUAGAGCAUCAGUUAGAGGCUUGGUCAAAUUGUAUGCGUGGGUAAAGUAGUUGUAGUAUUUACACCGCGUCUACUGUACGUGUGAGCAAAAACCUAGGGCCAAAGAGGAUGAAGACUGUGAUACAAAGACCUACUGGUGUAUUGGCUUCUAUUGUAGAGUUCCUUCGCAGGGUUCUUCAGUAGAAUUCUACUGUAGUGACCCUUCAGCUGCAGGUGGGCUCUCACAGCAAGAUAAUGUGCUUCCUGUGUAGAAUGCAUCUCCACUGUCCGCUUCAUGUGUUGUAGCAGGUCUUUCGCUGUGGUCUUAGACUCUGACCUGCUCCUCGAACCAACGGUGGACCGCUCAUAUUGGAAUCGCAGUGGCGUUUAAGCAUGGAGUGCUUGGAGGGGGAAAUACUUGCUUAUAUAAAACACUUAUUGUUUUUCAAGUCAUUAAGCUGCUACUGAGGCUUAAUAAUCUAUUGUUAUGAUAAUUGUGCAACCAGAAUUAGUAAUGCAAUUGAGGCGGUUGGUUAUUUUCCUGAAGUGGCCAUAUGAUCAUUGUCAUUAACCCUUUAGAAUAAUUUACCAAAGUGAAAUGAAUAAUUUUGCUCAGAAUGUUAUUUCUCAUUUAAAUUGAGUAACAGGAAGUGACAUUACAGAUAUAGAAUCACCAAAUGAUCAGUGGAACUCUCAAAGCUCAUAUCUUUUUUUUAUAGACCACUCCCUGAAAAUGUUUGCCACAGUGGGGUGCUUAAAAGGCUUCAUAUCCCUGUAAUGACUAAUAUUCAAUAUUCAAAAUGAUGAACAAACAUAAUAAAUGUAUUUAAAUAGACUCCUUUGUUUUUAUUGACCUUUUCAAUCUGAAAUACGGUUAAUUUUUUUGCAAAUCCCCAAAACAUGUAACUAAAACUCUCCACAUCGCUGGUGGUUGAAGCCAAUUUACCCUUUGUACUUUAAACAAUUGACAAUCACGAAGUAUUGCCGUAUCAAGUUAUUGCAUUAUGUUAUACUAUUGCUUAACUGUUCAACAGAAACAAGAACAUGCAUGAUGUGACUAUUUCUCAUUUCAAAGAGCCAUGGAUGCUAAUGCCACAGUAAUGUAUGAAGCACCCACCUGUUAGCUGCCAACCGUGUUCAUUUGUAUGACACAAUCGCACAGCAACACUGUUUUUUAAAUAUUUUUUUUAUUCUGCUUUGCUUUCAUGUGGUGUAUUUAUUUGUGUUGUUACACUUUUUGUUGUUAUUUGCUUUCAGCUAUAGGUUCUCUGCUAGAGAGGAAAGGGAUUGUAAAUGCAUGUUUUGGACCGUUCGGUUGAACUUUUAUAUAUUUUUUAAUGGCUGCCUUCUGUGUCUGAGGUCAAAUCAAUGUUUGUGUUACGUUAGAAUAUAUGAUUGUGAGGUUGGUUCUGAUUGAAUUUAAAAUGAUUAUUUCUGAAAUGGCCCUGGAUGAAAACUACAAACUUACCAGAGAAAGAGAGUGAUAAAAAAAAAUCAUGCUGCAUCCUCAGUCCAAGCUGAGGAGAUCGGAUAAUAUUGGUUUGUCCUCUCCCUUAAGUCAGAUUUGACUGAAACCUGUGCAUACUGUAAAUGUAUAAAAUACUCCCUCUACUAAGGAGUUGUACUGUAGGCCUAUGUUACUACUGACCAAAUGCUGCAUGAUGCCAGUACUAACUGCAUGUGUUGAUAUAACAGCUACACAGACAAGCACAGUGACACAAAUGAAAUCGCAUUGUCAUACUUGUAGUAUCUAUACAUUCAUUAUGGCUGUUCCAGGAGGACAUAGAUGUGCAAUGGAAUUUGACAAUAAAAAGUAUUCUUACCACCUA